AUGUAUCGGGUUAUCAUUUUCCCUAACCGGUGCAGUUCAUUACUAAGAGUCACGUGCCAGGGCUUUAACCCUCACACAACAAAUUCGCUUAGUCGAAUCUGCAAAGCGGAACUUCAAUCUCAAACCAGCGACGACGACAUAUCAGAGCUUCCAGACGCACCAUUGAAGUUCCUGAUUCAAGAUGAGUACGACUUCCUCCAUCCUAGCAUAAACCAAAAUCUCGAAAACAUGAAUAUAAAAAAUGACCAGAAUGACGAUGAACGCGAUGCUAACGUCUUCGAACAGCUAAGGGAACCUCCAGCUUCGGAAAGCGCCACAACAAGUCGCACACUCUGUGCAGACGGCCUGCGAUCCCUUCACAUCCAGAAGCACACAUGCGCUUCGUGCGGUUACCCAGCUGCCAAGAUGCGCAAAUAUAACUGGAGUCAAAAGGCCCUCCGACGAAGAACCACCGGUACCGGCCGCAUGCGUUACCUCAAGUCUGUCGACCGCAAGUUCAAGAACGGAUUCCAGACUGGCACUCCCAAGGGAGCCCGUGGCCCAGAGAAGGCAUAG